CGCAUGUUUCGUGUUGUUUUGAGCAGCAUGAUAGGGCUCGCCUCAUCGCACAUAUCCAACCUGUGCGUUUGAUCUCACAGGGACGCGCAAAAACUCCAGUGUGAUCGAUGAGCAGUUGUCCGGAGGUUACAGGGUGGGCAGUGGAGAUACAGAGGAAGGAAAGCAUGUUUUUCUACUGGCUGUUUGCAUAUGCAGUGCUCGGGAAAGUUAAAGGGGCCCGGUCUCAUUGAAGGGCGCAUGGUAGGAGGGCAGCUGGGAGCUGAUGGUCUUCUGGCAUCAGUACAGGCUUUUCUGCACUGAGGAGGAAUUCGUGUGAAGGGGGAGGCGCCCGCGAGAGGCGAGCGGCAUGACUGCUGGCCGCAUUUAACAAUUAACCUUGAUGAGCACAGAUUGGUUUCACUUAACAGGCGCAGGUGCGUGGAGUUUGUGAUACGGCGCAGCUGAGCGAUUCCACGUUUGUGACUGUACGCUGACGCAUUUUAUGCCAGAGAAACUACACUGAGAGAGGAUAUUGCAGCUGAUGUGUUUUUUUCCUUCACGGGACAGGAUACACGUUGCAAUGGGAGCCGGUCCGUUACCCGUCCUCUUGCAGAACCCGAACCCAGGAGCAUAGCUGAUUUGAUUUGGAGACCUGUAUCGGAAUUUGACCGCCGUGUCAUUGCCCAAUUUGCCAGUCCCAGCAGCUGAACGGCAUCUUCCUAACGGAGGGUGGAAAAAACUGUCCGCUUCACUACUCUCCAUCUGCGCCCUGGACGGCUUGAAAUGAGGACCACAUCCCGGCUGUGUUCCGUGUGAAGAGGCAAGCGGGGCGGCAGUUUUCUUCGGUCUCUCAAGGACGCAAAAAAAGUGGCCGCCGGCCGAGCUGCGAAGCAUGGAGCGGGACGACACCGACACCGCGAGCGCCUCCAAAAAGACAAUAAUUUCCAAGAUAUUUAAAGUUCGCAAGAGGAGGGAGAUGCUUUUCGUGCAGGUGUGCUUCAUCUGCAGUGUCCUCUUCGCGGCGUGGAGCAUGUCGGUGCUGCUGACCAAGACAGGCCAUGGCAUGAUCGUGGAGGGACAUCCGGACCAUGAACACUGGGGAAGACGGCUAAUGGCGUCAGUACCAGACAACGAAACGGAGCCGAAGAACUGUUCAGAGCCAGCAAUACACGAGUUCCCCGAUGACCUUUUCACCUCCAGUGAACGUAAGAGCGGGGCCGUUCUGCUCCACAUCGCGGCGGCACUCUACAUGUUUCUGGCCCUCGCCAUAACAUGUGACGAAUACUUUGUGACAUCGCUGGAGAAGAUCUGCGAGAAACUAGAUCUGAGUGAAGAUGUUGCCGGUGCCACCUUCAUGGCAGCUGGCAGCUCUGCACCAGAGCUCUUUGCAUCUGUCAUUGGUGUCUUCAUCACCCAUGGCGAUGUGGGGGUGGGGACCAUCGUGGGCUCAGCGGUCUUCAACAUCCUGUGCAUCAUCGGUGUCUGCGGGAUCUUCGCUGGACAGGUGGUGAUGUUGACCUGGUGGGCAGUUUUCAGGGAUUCCUUCUACUACAUCCUGUCUGUUGUGGCUUUAAUUGCAUUCAUCUACGAUGAGAAGAUAGUUUGGUGGGAGAGUUUGGUGCUGGUGGUCAUGUACGCUGGAUACAUCCUUGUCAUGAAAUUCAACUCCAGCAUGCAGAGGUUUUUCAUGGGGUCAAAGUCGGACAAGAACGUGGCCAAUGGUAACGCUGCGGCCAGCAGUGAGAUGGAGGACGGUAAUACUAGUUAUUACUAUGUUUGGGAUGACGACCCGUCAUCGCCUUUACUCUCAGAAGUCAAGCCCACCAAGGCUUACAGCCGGGGAUCAGUAGUGAUGGUGGACGAGAUCAUGAACGCCAGCCCUACAAAGUUCAGGUUCCCAGAAGCUGGCCUCCGUGUCAUGGUCACCAGCCAUUUUGGACCCAAGACCCGUCUGCGCAUGGCCAGCCGCCUCAUCAUAACAGAGCGUCAGAAGUUGGUCCAAGCCGCCAAUGGUGUGGAGACACAAGUGAUUGACGGGAAGGUCGAGAUCGAGAAUGGAAACGUGCCAGAGGACAAACCCACCGAGACACAGGAGAACAUAACAAUCUCGCCAUUUCACAUUCCAAAAGGCAUUGGCAGCAAGUUGAAGUGGUUGAUCUCGUGGCCUCUGCUGCUGUUGCUGUUUUUCACUGUCCCGAACUGUGCCAAGCCUCGCUGGGAGAAAUUCUUCAUGCUCUCCUUCCUCCUGUCCACCGUCUGGAUUGCCAUCUUCUCCUACUUUAUGGUCUGGAUGGUGACUAUAAUCGGCUACACUCUGGGAAUCCCUGAUGUCAUCAUGGGCAUCACUUUCCUGGCAGCAGGCACCAGCGUCCCAGACUGCAUAGCUAGUCUUAUUGUGGCUCGGCAAGGUUUGGGAGACAUGGCAGUGUCUAACACUAUCGGCAGUAACGUGUUUGAUAUUCUUGUGGGACUGGGGAUCCCCUGGGCGCUACAGACCAUGUGUGUCAGCUAUGGAUCAGAGGUGAUGAUUAACAGCCGGGGCCUGUUGUACUCGGUGGUGCUUCUGCUGGGCUCCGUCGCCCUCACGAUUCUGGGGAUCCACCUGAACAAAUGGCGGCUGGACGUGAAGCUGGGCAUAUACGUCCUGGUGUUGUACGCCAUCUUCCUCUGCUUCUCCGUCAUGAUCGAGUACAACGUCUUCACCUUCGUCAACCUGCCCAUGUGCAUGGAGGAUUAGAGCACAGCAGCAUGCCUCGGAUACCAAAACCUCAACGCUCCCAUAGCAACCCCCAAAAAUCUUUUAUUUAUUUAUUUUUUUUCAAUAACACCGGACCUAUCUGCAGACUCUUUUUCUCCCCUCUUGCGCUCUUUCCUGUAAUCCUUUUAGUCCUGAAUACGAAUCUCAUUUCCUCCCAAGAGGCAGUACACGAUGUAAGAGUGGAGUCCAUUCUAUGUCUCUAAUUUGUCCUCUUGUCCUCCACGCAGUGCCGGUCCUUAAUGCCCAUUAUUUCGGGGCAUUGCCUGUUAUUGCAGUAAAGUCUUUAGUUCCUCUGUGCGCCUGUUAACUUUCUACCCAUCUAGCAUGCCUUUAGAUGUCGGGGACCUCCAGAAUCAUAAGUGCCCCUGUUGAUUGUUGGUGUGUGUUUUCACUGUUUUCACAUUGUAGAUUUCCACACACCAUUCCCAGAGCCUUUCCACAAACCAAACCAGAGUCUGUAAGAGGAAAAAAAAAAAAAUCUACGAUUCCAACCAAAACUCCCACAUAGCGAGAACUCCCCUUAAAGUCAUUCCUACAAAAAAAAAAUUACAGUUACCCCAGCACCCAAAGAAAAAAUACGCUCCUUUUCCCCCUCUUGACCUCCAUGGAGGAGGGCUUUGUCCUUGGCAGCUCCCCUCCUCCAGCCUGGACCCGACUCCCCUGGCAUGGCCUUUGGCAUCAGGGAGCAGAUACUGUUAGCGCUUCACUCACCCUCCGCAACUCCUCGACCCUCAUCUGCUUGAUCAAAUCUGCUUUAUUUUCUUCAACAACAAAAAAGACGUUUUGUCAGGACACUUUGUGUCAAGAUGUAUCACAGUCCAGAUCAGACGACUGUGAGGGUGUUAUGCAUAUGCAGCACUGCACAAUGUAAACUUGUAAACACUUUUUUUUGUAUUUAUUUUUUCAAACCAAGGUUUUGUCUAGUAUGAAAUGCAGAGGAGAGCUUGUUGCAAAUAUAGGACAUUGCCUGUUUUUCACUGAAACAAAUUGCACAUGGAAAUGCUUUUCUUGCUUUGUGCUGUAAGGAGAUUUGACCACUCAGAGGGGCACCUGGCUGGCGGUGGUGGCGACUCCACCCCAGCGUUUUUUUCAUUCAGCGACGGGUCAGUCCACUUUUCCCUCUGCACAACUUCAGAUAAAAAAAAAACUGGCUCCAGAUCUGUGGGAUGCGUCGGAUUCCUCUCAUCAUCAGGUGACUUGUUGUCAUCUUGAGACAGCAGCAGAAUGGAGGUAGUUGUUUAAAAAAAAAAUGCAAAGAAACCAGACGGUUCUCAACACUGACUGUCUGCUAUAACACCCUCUGGCCAGUAGGGGGUACCGCAGCCCCUCUACGCAGGGCGGGGGUGCCAACCACAGCUGACGGUUAUCAGGGAAACUCAGAGAUGGACAACUCCAGGAGAUGGCGAUGGUGGUGGUCUCUUGAUUUUGAGUUACAUGUAGAUAUUGCACUUUAACAGCCGUCCUCUCAUUCUGAAUCAACUAGUGCUUCCUUCUGUGCGUGUGUAUUUUCAGUGUAUCUGUGAUUGUGUGUGUGUGUGUGUGUGUGUGUGUGAGAGAGAGAGAGAACAAUCGUGUGUGUGUGCGCGUGCUCGGUAUGGGCCCACGCUACGUUUUUUUCCCACACUGGGCUUUCAACUCUCGGAACUGACUGGAACCUCGUUAACACCAUGAGCACACCCCGCCUCUGUCUGCAGUGCAUGCUGGGACAUUAAAAACGCAGCUCCUCCACAGCACAGCAAAAGGCUGAGGGCUUCUGGGCGUCUCCAUGGAAACCGCCCGACCCACUUUACAGAAAUCGGCAGCUACGAGC